CUCUCUACAUGUGGCUCAGUCUUUACUGCUGCACUUUCCCACCUCAUUCCUCUCUCUCUCUCUCUCUCUCUCUAGCUCGCUCUCUCUCUACCCAAUGAUCACCAUGAUCAAAACUUCGCGAUUCGUGCUGAUUCUGGAAAUAUUCAUGAUUCAAUUGUUCGUCUGAGAAUCGGCUCGAAAUAAUUGCUUUUAGAUUUGGCUUAAAUAUCACUCCUUGUAUUAUUUUUUCUUGGGGUUAGAGAUGGUGGCAGAAUCUUGGUUCCGUAGUCUGUGGAAAACGUCACGGAAGCAUGAGGGUAGUCCACAAAGGGUGCUGAUUGGAGUUGUGGCAUUUGAAGUUGCAAGCGUGAUGUCUAAGCUGGUUCAUCUAUGGCACUCUCUUAGUGAUAAGCAGGUUCUUAAAUUGAGGGAGGAGAUCAUGAGUUCACUGGGUAUAAGGAAGCUCGUCUCAGAUGAUGACGAUUAUAUUGUAGGACUGAUAUGUGCAGAGCUGAUUGAUAGUUUAGGACAUGUUGCAAGAGCUGUGGCAAGGCUUGCUAAGAAGUGCAGUGAUCCUUCUUUGAAGAGUUUUGAACCUAUGUUUGAAGAUUUUCUCAAGAUUGGUGCUGAUCCAUAUGGGUGGCAGUUUACAUGGAGGAAGAUGGACAAGAAAGUUAAGAGGAUGGAACAGUUCAUUUCGGUUAAUGCAAAUUUGUAUCAGGAAAUGGAAUCACUAAGUGAGCUUGAACAGUCUCUGAGAAGAAUGAAGGUUAAUGAUGACCUAGACAGUGUGAGUUUGGUGGAAUAUGAGAAGAAGGUUGCAUGGAAGCAGCAGGAGGUGAAGCAUCUAAAGGAGAUCGCUGUGUGGAACAGGACUUAUGAUUACAUAGUUCACCUUUUUGCGAGAUCCUUGUUUACCAUAUUUAGUAGGAUUUGUCAUGUAUUUGGAAUUAAUCAUGCGGUCGACGUGGAAAUCAAAGACUCGAGAGUUCUGGAUUCUGAUUUUAUUAAUCGCAGCCACUCAGUUUCUGCAUUGAUGCAAUCUUCAGUUCACCCAUCUGAGAAUGGCAUUGCUAGGUUUUCUUCAGGUCCCUUGGGGAAUUUGAGUACUAAAUCUGGCCCGCUUUUAAAAACAAGUAAUGGAAACCAUUUCCAUUCAGGUCCUAUUGGAAACUCAAUUACAGCAUCGGGCCCAAUUUCUGGAAGGGAUAAAACUAUGAACUUCUGUUCAGGUCCUCUGGGGAGAUCAACAACAAAAUCUGGUCCACUGCCUAGAGUGGUGAAGAUGGGCCUGAGGUUGUGGCAGACUCGUGAUAACUCAGCUAUCCUUCAAAGAAAAAUUCUACAUUCAAAGCCCAAUCGAUUGCCUCCGGUUGGACCUCUUAAAGGAUGUCUGAUGGGCGGAAACAGUUCUCCUGUAAGAAGUUGCCGUGUAAAUCGAAAUGAGUUUCACUCCGGAAUCCUGGAUCGAGCCAAAGAUGCUGAUCUAGGGCUUCAUGCUCGUGGCAACCCACUCAAUAGCAAUAUAUCAAUCUUCAGCUCCAAACACAGGUUGCUAAAUGCUCCUCCAGAAACUCUUGGUGCUGCUGCUUUAGCACUGCACUAUGCAAAUGUUAUUAUUGUAAUCGAGAAGUUAGUGGCAUCUCCUCAUCUGAUUGGUCAUGAUGCAAGAGAUGACCUGUACAAUAUGUUGCCAGCAAGUAUAAGAGCUGCCCUCAGGGCAAGGCUAAAACCAUACACCAAGAGGUUGGCUUCAUCAAUGUAUGAUACAGUUCUUGCUGGAGAGUGGAGUGAGGCAAUGUCAGGAAUAUUAGAAUGGUUAGCUCCGCUUGCUCAUAACAUGAUAAGAUGGCAGUCCGAGCGGAGUUUUGAGCACCAAAACCUAGUUUCUAGGACAAAUGUGCUUCUUGUACAGACCCUCUACUUUGCAAAUCAGGAGAAAACCGAAGCUACCAUUACUGAGCUUCUUGUUGGUCUGAACUAUGUUUGGAGGUUUGGCAGAGAACUCGAUGCCAAAGCUUUACAGGAGUGUGGCAGUGGUGGAAUAUUCGGUGAUUCUUUAAGCUUGGAUGGGUAACAAUGCUUUCAACUAGUGGCAAUGGCAAAAUGAUUCCCGGUUAACUUCAUGAUGGACUGGUUUCAGGAGUUUUGUUGGGGCAAAGGUUCCAACACCUGGCUAGUCCGUGGGGCUUCACAAUGCAAUUUGAUGAACACUGAUCAAUUGCACACUGUCAGGAGGCUCCGAGGACCUUUAUAUACUCUUUGAAUUCCUCAAUACCAAAGGGUAGUCCUCUUGCUGUGAAGGUAUAUUAAUAAUCCAAAUAUUCUUUUUCUUGGUGAGAAUAGAUGAUCUUCUCCCUUUCGCUGAAAUACAGCUUAUGGCUUUUGAGUUUUUGUUUUUUUCUUGUCAAGUUGAUUCCACAUUUUAUAGUUAAGUUGUCGGUCCCUGGUAGCUGUAUAGUUCUUGCCAAUGCUCAAUUAUCGUAUUGUAAAUGUACCUUAUAAAUGGCCUUUUCAGCUUUAUAUAUAGAUGUUUGAAGUUGGGUGUUUCUCA